AACGAGAAAACAUGCCGCAGUUUACAUUUAAUCCGAAUAGACUUAAGAUCCACCUUAAGCUAGCCGUUAACCGUCUUAAGCUUGUACAACAAAAGAAAAAUGUACUUAACAAACAAGCGCGAAAGGACAUUGCUGCUUUACUUGAGAAUUCAAAAGAAGAGAGCGCAAAAAUACGUGUUGAAGGCAUUAUUCGUGAAGAUUAUUAUAUCGAAGCAAUGGAGAUGCUGGAACUUUAUUGCGAACUUCUUUUGGCAAGAUUUGGACUUUUAGAACAAAUGAAGUAU